UGUGGCGUCUCAGUUCCUCUGCAGAGUGUGGAGGUGGAGCUGCAGGUGAAGGACCAUGUGGCUACAGUCAUCUCCACUCUGAACUACCAGAACAAGGAGGACAAACCUGUAGAGGCAGUUUUUGUCUUCCCUCUGCCUGGAGAUGCUGCUGUGUGUCAUUUCAGUGCUAAGAUUGGACAGACACACAUUGUAGCUGAGCUGAAGGAGAAGCAGCAGGCUCGGGAGGAGUAUGAUGAUGCUCUGAGUUCAGGGCAGCAGGCCUUCCUGUUGGAGGAGAGUGAACAGAGUCCAGACAUCUUCUCUCUGACUGUGGGCAGUCUGCCUCCAGGGGAGAGCGCCUCCAUCAGGCUGGAGUAUGUCAUUGAGCUGGCUGUGGAGGCUGAUGAGGCUCUGAGGUUCAGUCUGCCUGCUGUGCUCAACCCUCGCUACCAACCUCAAG